ACUCUCUUCCUCUCUCAUCUAUCAAUCUCCUAAUUCAAAACCCAGCCUUCUUCUUCGUUAAUUCGUCAACACCAAAUCUAAAUCAACUUUCUCUUUCUUAAAACACAGCGCACACAAAUAAUGAUGAACAAUGAUGAGUGACAAGGUGGUUGUUGUUGGUGACCGGAGGUGAAAAGGUUGGUCGGAGGACGGCGGUGGUUGGCGGUGAACCAAGGUUGAUGGAGAAGGAAGGUUGAACGGUGGUCGGUGUGUUGCAGGUUUAUCGAAGGUGGCGGAGGUGGUUCGAUAGGGUAUGUAUUGUGUGGUCGGAGGUUAUGAAGAUGAUGAUGGCGAACACCGAAGACGAUGAUGAUGACUGCUAGAGAUGAUGAUGAUGAUGUCUGGUGUCUGGUCUCUGCCAGAGAUGAUGAUGAUGACCGGAGGUGGUUCAACGAUAAUAUUGCAGGUAAACAACUUGGAACAUUUGGAAUUUUUGAGGAUUCCUAUGAGAUAUAUUAUAUUAGCAACCAAUAACUUUUCAAUGAGGUACAAAACUGCAGAUAGGCGUGACUAUACUUUGUACAAAGCAGAGCUGGACUAUUUUGAUAAAGAAAAUCUUUUAUCUGUGGAAGGGAAGAAUAAACGCGAACGUCAAAAGAAGACUGUAUUUAUAACACGGUACCUGUAUGGUGGAGAAGAGCGCUUAGUUACAAAAAUUGAAAUGCUUACAAGCGUUAGGCAUCCCAACAUAGUCACUCCACUUGGAUUUUGUGUGGAAUGUUCUGAGGUGAUCCUUGUCACUGACAUCAAUCUUUCAAAUAGGUACCUUGCUCGUUAUUUGGAAAACCACAUGAGCAUGCAUAUUUUGACAUGGGAAAAACGUUUGAAAAUAUGCAUUGAUGUUGCACAUACGUUGAACUACCUUCACUCUGAGGUAGAACACCAAAUGAUGAUGAUAAUGUACCCUGAAAUUAAUAGCAGAAACAUUGUGUUGGACGAGAAUUGGGUAGCAAAGAUUAUUGAUCUUGAACACUCUAUAGCCUUGGCCCAAGAUCAAGAAGAUAAUCACUAUUUCAACCGGAUUGGCAAGCCGUCCUACAAAGAUCCUGAGUAUACAAAGACUCACAAAUUAAAUAAAGAAUCACAUAUUUACAGUUUUGGAGUAGUGUUGUUUGAAAUCUUAUGUGGGAGGUUAGCCUAUGACCCAAUUUACCUUGAAGAGAGUGACAAAGGGUUGGCCCAUGUGACAAGACAAAGCUUUUGCAAUGGAACAAUAGAGGACAUGGUAGAUCCUACAAUAAAUAAGGAAAUACGUGAAAACAAUUUUGUUAUAAAUAAAGGACCGAACAAGGAUUCCUUGCACACAUUUAUAAAAAUUGCAUAUCAAUGUCUGUCAGAAGCUCAAGACCAGCGCCCAACAAUGAAAGUCGUUGUUAAGGAACUUCAGAAAGCAUUGUUCUUUCAAAACAUGGAAUCAAUACCAACCAAGUUUGCUUCCUUACAAAUCCCACUUGAAGACGUGGUAAAGGCUACCAACGACUUUCAUCAUGAUAAUAUCAUCAGACACAGUGGAUUUUGUACCACAUAUAAAGGACGACUCUUGUUGUCUGGAAGGUUGAUGAAGAUUGUUGCACAGAGGUUUGAUUGUAUGCAAGAGGAAGGCGAACUCAAGUUCAUGACUGUAAUCUCAGUGCUUUCCAAACUCAAGCACAAAAAUCUAGUGUCUAUUAUUGGAAUUUGUUAUGAGAAAGAUGAGAAGAUCAUUAUAACCACAUAUGAGGCCAAUGGAAGUCUCAGCCAAUAUCUAAGCGACCCGAACCUCACGUGGACACAAAGAUUGAAGAUUUGUUUAGGCGUGGCUCGUGCGUUGAGUUACCUUCGUUAUGACGAGGGCCGUGAUUAUGCUAUUAUACAUUGUAACAUCAACAGUGACAUAAUUUUAUUAGACAAGAACUGGGAAGCCAAGUUAUCAGGAUUUGAAAUUUCAAUCAAACAAUUAGCAUACCAUGACCACCAGGUUUGUCUUUGUGAACAUAUUGGCACAGUGGGGUGUACGGACCCAGCAAUUGAAAAUACCGGAAGUGUGACCCACAAGUCAGACAUCUACUCAUUCGGUGUCGUUUUAUUCGAAAUAUUGUGCGGAAGGAAAGCAUUUAUUGAGAACGAGGCUAAUAGGUUCCUAGCUCCAUUGGCCAAGUAUCAUUAUGAAAACGGAACAUUGCAGGAUAUAAUUCAUCCUAAUCUAUGGAACAAUCAAAUAUCCUCGCUAUCACUUGACAAAUACUCAAAAGUAGCAUAUUCUUGCUUAGAAGAGGAGCGAGCACACCGGCCAGAGGCGAAGAAUAUUGUUGGUGAACUUAUGAAAGCGUUGCAAUCUCACCUGCGACCUGAAAAUCUUCAUUCUGCCACUCUUUACUAA